CAAUGCAAAAAAAACCGCGUAAUCGCCCGUUGUAACACACCUUAGUACUACUGACUAACUGCUUCUCAAAAACACUUUCCUUUAUGAUCGAAUCUUACCCGAAAUUUCCGCUUAAUCUUCUCCCUUUGCUCUCUCUCUCUCUGCUUGUUUGACACUCAGAAUCCCAUCUGCCAAGAAAAUCCCAUAUUUUUAUUCCCCGGAAUUUGAAGUGAAUGGAGAGUGAGAGUGAUGUGGUGAAGGAAUUGAUGGAAGUGAUUGAGACAUUGGGAUCCUUUGUGAGCUAUCGAAGGACUCAGCGAAAAGAGUGUUUGAAUCUUGUGAGGAGGUUAAAACUGUUGGUGCCUCUUUUAGAAGAGCUUAAAGACCAGCAGCUCCAUACACCAAUUUCUGAUGAGGCACUGAAUUGUUUGGCUAAUUUGAAGAAGGCACUCCGUUAUGCAAAGAAACUGUUGAGUACUUGUAGCCAUGGAAGCAAGAUUUAUCUGGCAUUUGAGAGUGAGGCAGUGAUGAGUAGAUUUCAUGGUGUUUAUGACAAAUUAAACCAGGCAUUGGAUGACAUGCCUUAUGAGAAGCUUGGGAUCUCAGAAGAAGUGAAAGAGCAAGUUGAGCUAAUGUGCAUGCAACUCAAAAGAGCAAAGAGGAGGACUGAUACCCAGGACAUAGAACUAGCAAUGGAUAUGAUGGUUGUAUUUUCUGAAAAUGAUGACCGGAAUGCAGACAAUGCAAUACUAGAAAGGCUUGCUAUAAAAUUGGAGCUUCAUACUAUUGCAGACUUAAAGACAGAAACCAUAGCUGUUAGAAAAUUAGUUAACAAGAAGGGAGCCCAUACUGUAGAAAGCAACAAGAAAAUUGUAGAUCUUUUGGAAAAAUUCAUACACAUUGCUGGGAUAGAGGAAAUAUCUGUGCUUGAUAAUCCUGUGUCAAGAAGUUUAGAAAAGUGUCGGUCCUUGUUAAUCCCAAAUGAAUUUCUCUGUCCAAUAACUCUGGAGAUAAUGACAGAUCCUGUUAUUGUCGCAACUGGACAGACAUACGAAAGAGAGAGCAUACAGAAGUGGCUAAAUUCAAAUCACCGGACCUGCCCAAAGACCGGACAAAGCUUAGCACACAUGUCUCUAGCACCAAACUUCGCUCUCCGCAACCUUAUUCUGCAAUGGUGUGAAAAUAACAACUUUGAACUGCCCAGAAAGGAUAUUUAUGAUGGUUGUGACAACUCAUCGAUUGCACUCACAGAGGAAAUAUCGUCCUUGGUCCAAAAUCUAUCCUCGCGUGAGCUAGACAUCCAGAGAGAAGCCAUUGUGAAGAUCCGCAUGCUCUCCAAGGAAAAUCCCGAUAAUAGAAUUUUGCUAGCCAACAUGGGAGCAAUACCGCCUUUGAUUAAAUUCCUGUUGUACCCAGAUUCCAAGAUCCAGGAACACACAGUCACAACUUUGUUAAACUUGUCGCUUGAUGAGGUGAACAAAAGACUCAUAGCCAGAGAAGGAGCCAUUCCCACUAUCAUUGAAAUCUUGCAGAACGGGACAGAUGAGGCUAGGGAGAACUCUGCUGCGACACUCUUUAGCCUGUCAAUGCUCGAUGAGAACAAGGUGAUGAUCGGUUGCUUAAAUGGGAUUCCUCCUCUAGUGGAUCUCUUGAGGACUGGGACAAUCAGAGGUAAAAAGGACGCUGCUACUGCACUUUUUAACUUGUCACUCAACAUGCUUAACAAGUCCAGAGCCAUUAAGGCGGGUAUCGUACCACCAUUACUUCAUUUACUUGAAGAUAAGAACUUGGGUAUGGUGGAUGAAGCACUCUCGAUUUUGCUACUCCUGGCAUCGCAUCCUGAAGGACGAAAUGAAAUUGGAAAGCUAGCGCUUAUUGAAACUCUAGUUGAAAUUAUAAGAGUUGGGACCCCCAAGAACAAGGAAUGUGCUACGGCGGUUCUUCUUGAGUUGGGAUUGAAGAAUUCAUCUUUCGUGUUGGCUGCGCUUCAGUAUGGUGUGUAUGACCAUUUGGCGGAGAUUGCAAGAUGUGGGACAAGUAGAGCCCAGAGGAAAGCAAACUCCUUGUUACAACACAUGAGUAAGUGUGAACAUAUUCCCAGGUUUGCAAACAAAAAAUAAUAAAUAAAUAAGUCAUUAUAAUCCAUUUAGCAAAAUUUCACAUCAAUGUUCAGUACAGUUCUAGAAGUGCAGAUACUGCCCAAUGGAGCUUUGAGUAUUGGAUUGUUGAAUUUUCUUCAUGUACAUGUUCUGAAAUUGUAGAGAAACUAUUGGUAUGUGGGUUGUGUCAUAUUUUGAUUCAUCAGUUGUAGUAGUGACACUUCUUAUAUUGGAAUCUUCAUUAGCACCAAACUUGUAGGGGCAAGGGGUCAGUCAAGGGCAACACUCACAUUUGAGCCUCGGGAUCCUCUUUCUAGGGCUAUAAA